AUGUUCAACAGCAGUCAAUUCAUCCCCAAAUAUUUCCUGCUGACUGGCCUCCCUGGUCUGGAGGCCCUGCACCCUUGGUUUUUCUUCCCAUUCUGCUCCAUAUACCGGGUGGCCCUUAUGGGCAAUAGCCCAAUCCUGGCAGUGAUCAGGAAAAACACCAUUCUGUACCAGCCGAUGUACCUUUUCCUAGCUAUGCUGGCCUUUGCAGAGCUUGGUGUCUCUGCUUCUACACAGCCCACUCUGUUGGGCAUCUUCCUUUUUGGUGCCAAUGAGAUCUGCUUUGAAGCCUGCCUGUUGCAGAUGUUCUCCAUACAUUCAUUUUCCAUCAUGGAGUCAGGAGUUCUGCUGGCCAUGUCGGUGGACCGCUUUCUGGCCAUCUACAACCCACUGAGGUACACCGCCAUUCUGACAGGGCCCCUUACUGCUGGUACUGGUGCUGCACUUGGAUUGAAGAGUGUGAUGCUCAUGUCCCCACUGCCCUUCCUCCUGAAGCGUGUGCCCUUCUGUGGCCACAACGUCCUCUCCCUCUCCUACUGCCUUCACUUAGAUCUAAUCCAGCUGCCCUGUGGGGAUACACAUCCCAACAGCAUCCUGGGGCUCUGCAUUAUUUCCACUUUUGGGCUGGACUCACUGCUCAUCAUCCUCUCAUAUGUGUUGAUCCUCUACACUGUGCUGGGCAUUACCUCGGGGAGGCGGAAGGCCCUCAACACAUGUGUUUCACAUAUGUGUGCGGUGCUUGUGUACUACGUGCCCAUGAUCAGCGUGACUCUGGUGCACCGCUUCAGGAAGCACGCUGCACCUGCUGUCCAUCCUUUGGCCAACGUCUAUCUUCUGGUUCCUCCUGUGCUCAACCCCAUCAUCUACAGUGUUAAGACAAAGCAGAUUCGCCAGGCACUAAUCCAACUCAUUCUUCAAAGGAAAUAA